UUACGGGGUGGGGCUGGCGGGCCUGCAGUACCGGGCUCUUUGCUUCCAGAAUGGCGGGGCCGGUGAAGGACCGGGAAGCUUUCCAGAGGCUCAGCUUUUUGUACCAGGCUGCCCACUGCGUCCUCGCGCAAGACCCCGAGAACCAGGCGCUGGCGAGGUUCUACUGCCAAACGGAGAGGACCAUUGCCAGGCGGCUCGUGUUGCGGCGGGACCCCUCGGUGAAGAGGACCUUAUGUAGAGGCUGCUCUUCCCUCCUCCUCGCAGGCCUGACCUGCACACAGCGCCAGAGACGCUGCAGGGGACAGCGCUGGACAGUACAGACCUGUCUAACAUGUCAGCGCAGCCAACGGUUCCUCAAUGAUCCUGGACAUGUGCUCUGGGGAGACCGGCCUGAGGCCCAGCUAGGGAGCCAGGCAGAUUCCAAACCACCACAGUUCCUGCCAAACACACCCCACCUUGCUGAGGAGAAGAUACAGCCUCAAAGCUCCAAUGACCAGAAAUGGAUUGAAUCUUCCAAAUAAAGUAUAAUUCUGUUUCGCUUUGAUGAGUCUGUAAGUAUUUCAGCUCUUCAUUUUCUUCUGUUUCUGCCUGUAUUCUCUGUCACCAGCUAAUCUCUCCUUUCUCCUUUCUCAUUCCCCUACUCCCACCAUUCAGGGAGAUUCAGUUUCCCUAGACAACCUAGCCCCACUAAGCAACUUGCAUAUCCAAGAUCCUUGUGCGCCUUCACACCUGCUUCCAGUGCAGGGCGAUGAAUGCAACUCAAGCUCUAGAAUUGUCUCCAAGGGAGCUGAGCCUGCUUAGGGCAUUCUGUAGUUAAAUAGCCUGACUAAAAGGAUGAACAGACUGCUGAUGCCGCAGAAGCUGUUUUUAAAUGAAGGAAAAAAUUUGAUGGAGGAGGAACUUCAGAUACUCUCAGCCCACUCCAGAGAUCGUCUUUUUCAAUCUCUGGGUUUUCUUCUUUAGAAUUCUAAUAAGGGAAACUGUACAAACACAACUAACAAGGUCAAAGGUGAUAUCAAAAGGACACUGGCAAACAUUAUCCAAGUGUGUUCCAUAAGUAUACCCUCAAGGUUUUCCUGAUAAUUCGUAAACAACAAAAAUAGUUUUUUUCAGUAUUCCUACAGUUGCUAGGUGCCAACUAAUCAGUUUACCCCAAAAGUAUACAAAAAAAUUUUACUAUUCCCAGAAUGCAGUAUUCUUCCCUUUCUCUUAUGAAUCCUGUGUUGCACUUACUUACUGUUGCAUUAAAAUCAACAACUUCAUUAA